AAUUCAAACAUUAACGAUAACGGAUCCGGCAAAAAUUUCAUUGAUUGAUAAUAAAAAUGUUUCGAUCAAUAAUAAUUCGCAGCAACAAAUUUCAACAUUGAAUCAAACAAAUGUUAAUAAAUCAACGGUAACUAUAUCACCAAAACCUAAAACUGCCAAAAUUCGUUUUGCCAAAAUGAUGGGACCAAAUAUUUCCAUUGCUGCAUCAUCAACCACAUCAAACAAUUUGAAUGAUCAGAUGACCAUAGGAGGAAUGAAAACAUUUUCAAUGUCUUUUACAAAUGAUGAAUCUCAGCGAUCAGAACUACCACCGCAGCAGCAGCAACAACAACAAUUAUUUAAUAGAAUAUCGACACCAUCGACGAGUGGAAUUCGUAGCGAAAAAGAUAUAAUUGAAAAUAUUAAAGCUGAUCUUAUCAAUAGCUAUGAAAAUCGUGAUAUAAUAACAACGAAAACAUCAAUGAAUCGUUCUUCAAUUGAUUAUAUGUCAAUACAGAAUGUAAAUUUUGAUACUGAUACGCAGAAUGUUCCGGAUUAUAUUGUCGAUUUGAUUGAUGAAUUGGAACAAACACCUAAAACACCACAACCAUCACUACAAUCACAAACUACUUUGAAUCGAUCAGCCGAACAACAACAAUCGAUAAAAAUAAAUCAAUUACCUAAUGGUGUACAACACGUAAUCUAUCAGACAAUAAAUAAUCAAAAUUCUGUGUCGAACAAUAAUAACUUAUUUUCACUUACCAUGGAACAAAAAGGAAACCAACAAAAUAAACGUAAAAUUGAACAGACAGCAAUCAAUGCGAAUACAGCCGAUAAUCUUACAUCGGUAGCUUUUGUAUCGAAAUCAAAUACCACAACAACAAAUGUGUCACAAAAGCCGCCAAAUCUAACAAAGGCACGUGCAAAUUCACGUACGGUUAAUAAAGCUGUUACGAUGGCUAAAUCAGCAACAGGUGCACAACAACAGGCUAGUUUACCACAAAAUUUUACUAUUACAAAUUCGGCUGGAAUUUUGAAUAAAACAAAUACUACAAGCAUAAUUAAUCAUCAGAUGAAUAAAUUGAAGUCUAUAGAUCAUAUAGAUAAUAAUAAUGUUACGACGACAGUUAAACCACCGAAAUUUACUGCCAUAUUGAAUGGAAUGAAUUCGGAACAUCAUGGACAAAUUAUCUGUAAUCCAGAAACAUUGAAAACAUUAAAUAGUGUUAUCAAUAGUGCUGCAUUUAGACAAGCUGCAAGUAAUGCCAUUGCAAGUGGUACAACUACCGCUUCAGCUAAAAUCAAUGCAACAGGAUCGAAUGAAAAAUCUAUUAUUGUACCAUUGACAUUUACCACUGGUCAACAACAACAACAAGCUUCUAAUCAACAAUCAUAUCAAACAAUACAGAUUCAGCCAGGUAAAACUGGUUUAAAUACAAUUACCACACAACAACAACAACAGGUCGCAACAUCAUUGUCAUCAACGGGUAAUAAUCUUACACAUUUACAAACAAUAAAUUCAGUAUCAACAUCAUUACCAUCAUCAUCAUCUUCUUCAUCAGCAUCAUCAUCAUCAUCAACAACAACAACAACAUCGAUGACAUCAAAUGGUCAACAACAAUUUACAACCAUUCCUUUGGCUACAAUACAAGGCAAUGGCCAAACAUUUUUAUUACCAUUUUCAUCAAUAAAUCCUGUUCAAAAUAUUUAUAUACUUCAUCAAUCAACACCAUCAACAACGACAACAUCAACGAUUGAUACCCAACAUCAUACUUUAUCAUCAUCAUCAACGACAACAACAACAAACAUAAAUCGAUUAACAAAUUCAUUGGUCAACAAUAUUACUACUGGUAGUAAUAGUAAAAAAUAAUGGUCAACAUUCUUAAAAAUACACACACACACACACACACAUAUGGUUGCAUAUCAAUGAAUUUAUUAGCAUGAGAAUGUGAAUUGAAACAAAACAAAACAAAAAAAAUUGAGCUUUGCACACAAUAACAUGAACACACAUCCUUUACCGCAU